AAACCAAACUCAGCAACAGUUAAGAGGUUUGGGGGUUUUUUUGACAGGGCUAAUGGAAAUGUGUCUUAAAAGCUGCCAGUCGUCUGACAGCUCCAGUCUGAAGCAAAGAUCCAUAAGGAAGGUGCAGCCCCUUCGCUAUUUGAGCAGCCUCACCUGGUUUCCAAACUAAAACCUUGGCAACUGGUGAAGUAAGUGGAAAUCAAGGAGAAACAUUUGGGAUUUCUGCAUGUCACAGAUACAACAGGAAAAGAUCUUGCAAGCAUCGUGUUGGACAGGGUGAGAAAAACUUCAUUUCACUGAUUGCUGUGGAAUAACAAAGAGCCUGCUGCAUCCUUCAGUAUCAUGACUCCUCGAGAUCACAUGAGAAAGAUAUCAAUCCUUGGGGAACAAGGAAAUUUGGAAGACAAACAUUUAUACCGGUUAGCGAGUGGCAUGGCAGCAGGUGAAUUGCGACAGCGGCAGGAGAUGAUCAUGAGAAACCAGAUGAUGGCUGUAAACCCACAUCUAAUGGGAGCAGGCCCCCAGAGAAUCCAGGCUCUUCCCUCACAGUUUGAACCUCGGUUUGUGGAAAGAGAUCUGUUGCCUUCCACUGAAAUGUUAGCACCAGCAGACCCAAGACAAAUUCAUGUUGCUUCCCAUCUUGGUUCUUCAGUUCCACAACAUGCCAAUAUGCCAAAUUUAUUAUCCAGUCGUGUUUACCAAGGGGCAGGCUACAGUUUCCUGCAGCCGGAGCCCAUAGAAGCUGUGACCAGAAGGCAGGAACUGGUUCAAAAACAAAAUAUGGCCAGGAUGGAAAUGGAAAUGAAUGCCAUUUUACAGCAAAAAGAAAUAGAAAAGGCUCAUCGCAAGGGGCUACUUGGUUUGGAAGGCCCUUUCCUGUACCACAGCAUCCCAGCUAGCCCAGUGGCUUUCCGUGGAAGGCACAGAAUCCCUGAAGGCCACGUUCCAAAUGACUUGUACGUCCAUCGAGCAACCCUUGAUGAACUUCACGGCAACACCAUGCUGAUGGCCACCAGCCCUUACCCACCUGUGGGCACUCUGCAAAGGGAGCGAGGCCGCCGGCCAGGCAGAAGAACAGGGAAUCAUAAAGCUGCUGAUGGUACUGCCAGUGGAACCAAGAGCCAAGCCGAAGAGAAGGGCCUGGAUCUGGCUUCUGCCACUGCUGACGAGGAGAAAGAGGACAAAAAAGAAGCUGAGGCAGAAACGCUGAACAAACACGAAUGUAGCAAAGCCCACAUGGAGCCAUCGGCUGCUGCGACUGCCAAGGACAGCAAGGAAUAUGAACAUGGCCUGAGAAAAACAACAGUUGGCCAUGAAAUGCCCAGCGAAGCCAAUGGAUGCAGCAAUGGAAAUGAGAAAGAUCCAGGCAAUCCUUGCACAGCCUUUGAAGAAAAGUAUGCUUAUCCAUCGGCAUUCACAUUCUCUGCUCUGCCGUAUGGCUUCUCGGUACCCAACACUCCACUGCUGCCUUCUAGUGCUUCCAGCCUGAUUCUGAAUGGAGAAGAUGUACCACCCAUUGAAGAUAUUCGUAAAUGGGCCACUGAAGAUGUUUACAAUUUUAUCAUCAGCCUCCCAGGGUGUUCAGACUAUGCACAGGUAUUCAAAGAUCAUGCCAUUGAUGGAGAAACCCUACCGCUGCUCACAGAAGAACAUCUUUUGGACACAAUGGGAUUAAAACUUGGACCUGCACUGAAGAUUCGCUCUCAGGUGUCCCGGCGCCUGGGCAGCAUGUUCUAUAUGAUGAAUCUUCCUUUGUCCAUGUCCACAUCAUCUGCUACAGGCAAGCCCGCUGAUCCUCCGCAAGAGAUGACAUCUCCCCUUCAUUGCAACAAUAGCGGUGAUAUUCUGGGCAGCCCUUGUUCUCAGGAUCCAGAGAUUUCAAAGACAGCAGAGCACAUUGUUGCAGAGAGCAGAGAAAAUCCACCUGACUUAGGCGGAGCUCAGACCGAUUUCCAGAUGAUCAGCUAUCCGAAAAACUGAAAUUAUUCAGACAGCAGA